UGCCCAGCCUGCAGGGAAACAGUAAACAAGCGGGCAUUUCCUGGCCUGCUCCCAACACGGCGGGAACUCUGUGCAGUUUGAGGAAUCCCAGCACCGAGGUCAUUGGCGCCAUCACACCUUUUGGCGAAGUACCCGUGGUCCCCAACCAUUUGGCACUGGAGUUGAGACUGGCUCCAGUUUUGCUUUUAGGCAGGACUGACAGGGAAGCACACCUCGCCCUGAUGUCACUAGGGACUCUUAGCCACCAGCCCAGAGACAGGACUUCACUGACCAAACACUUCGGUGAAUUUGGGGCAGGAUGUGAGGGAGAGAAAGAAGGAAGAGAAAUUGGGAGCGGGGGAGGGAGCUUGGGCAGACUGGGCAGGCCAACCCAGGAAGGCAGAAGCAGAGAAUGCCCAAGGCCCAGAUGCUGGGAAAACAUACUAGCCCACAAGCUGUUCCUGGUAGUCGGGCCCCAUGGCUCUCUCCCGACAUUUUCUGCCUGGGCCUCACAUUCCUGUGGUGCUGGGUGGGCCAGCUGCAGGGACACCCUCAGUGCUUGGAUUAUGGACCACCCUUUCGUCCUUCUCUCCAUCUGGAGUUCUGCUCUGACUAUGACUCCUUUGGCUGCUGCGAUCAGCGCAAGGACCGCCGCAUCGCUGCCCGGUACUGGGACAUCAUGAACUACUUCGACCUGACGGGCCAUGAACUGUGCGGUGGUUACAUCAAGGACAUCCUCUGCCAGGAGUGCUCUCCCUAUGCAGCCCACCUCUACGAUGCCGAGAACCCCCAGACACCCCUCCGGAACCUUCCGGGUCUCUGCUCUGACUACUGCUCUGCCUUCCACCGCAGCUGCCACUCUGCCAUCUCCUUGCUAACCAAUGACAGUGGCCUCCAGGAGUCCCACGGAGAAGACGGUGCUCGCCUCUGCCGCCUCCUCAACCUUCCGGAUGAGGACUACUGCUUCCCCAACAUCCUGAAGAAUGAUCAGCUCAACCGCAACCUGGGGGUGGUGGCUGAGGACCAGAAGGGCUGCCUGCAGCUCUGCCUGGCCGAGGUGGGCAAUGGACUGAGGAACCCUGUGUCCAUGGUCCACGCCGGGGACGGCACCCACCGCUUCUUUGUUGCUGAGCAGGUAGGAGUGGUGUGGGUCUACCUCCCCGACGGGAGCCGCCUGGAACAGCCCUUCCUGGAUCUCAAGAGCAUGGUACUGACCACACCUUGGAUCGGGGAUGAGAGAGGCUUUUUGGGGCUGGCUUUUCAUCCCAAAUUCCGCUACAACCGCAAGUUCUAUAUUUAUUAUUCAUGCCUGGGCAAGAGGAAGGUGGAAAAAAUCCGGAUUAGUGAGAUGAAGGUUUCCUUGUCUGACCUUAACAAAGCGGACCCCAAAUCAGAGCGGGUCAUCUUGGAGAUAGACGAGCCAGCCUCAAACCACAAUGGUGGACAGCUUCUCUUUGGCUUGGAUGGCUAUCUGUACAUAUUCACUGGGGAUGGAGGGCAGGCUGGGGAUCCCUUUGGCAAGUUUGGAAAUGCUCAGAACAUAAGUUCUCUGCUGGGGAAAGUGUUAAGGAUUGAUGUGAAUGGGGCAGGCACGCAUGGCCAGCCGUACCUAGUGCCCAUGGACAACCCCUUCCUGUCUGAGCCAGGCGCCCACCCUGCCGUCUAUGCCUACGGGGUCAGAAACAUGUGGCGCUGUGCCGUGGACCGAGGGGACCCCAUUACACGGCAGGGCCGAGGUCGGCUGUUCUGUGGGGACGUGGGCCAGAACAAGUUUGAGGAAGUUGACCUCAUCGUCAAAGGCGGGAACUAUGGCUGGAGGGCAAAGGAAGGGUUCGAAUGCUACGACAAGAAACUUUGUCAUAAUGCUUCCUUGGAUGACAUUCUGCCCAUCUAUGCUUAUGGCCAUGCCGUGGGAAAGUCUGUCACUGGAGGCUACGUCUACCGUGGGUGUGAAUCCCCCAAUCUCAAUGGCCUCUACAUCUUCGGGGACUUCAUGAGUGGUCGACUUAUGGCUUUGCGGGAAGAUAGGAAAGCCAAAAAAUGGACAAAACGAGACAUCUGCUUGGGCAACUCAUCCUGCGCCUUCCCAGGGCUGAUCAGCGCGUACAGCAAGUUCAUCAUCUCCUUUGCUGAAGAUGAAGCAGGGGAGCUGUAUUUCCUGGCCACCUCCUACCCAAGUGCCUAUGCACCCCAUGGAUCCAUUUACAAGUUUGUCGAUCCCUCAAGGCGAGCCCCGCCAGGCAAGUGCAAAUAUAAGCCAGUGCCGGUGAGAACCACGAGUAAGAAGAUCCGGUUCCGGCCACUCGCCACCACGGUCCUGGACUUGCUGAAGGAGACAUCACGGAAGGCGGCUCGAAGACCAUCCAAUGCAGCCUCAGCUUCUAGCUUGGACCGGGUUGCACCUCGGAAAGGUUCCUCCAAGAAACCAGCCUCUCCUUCAAGCAAGAAAACAUUGCAAGGGCCUGGUACCAAGAAGAAAGGCAGAGUGUGGUCCCCAGGGCCCCAGGGCCAGAGGAGGAGGAAGCAGAAUCUUGACCGCAGCAGUGGCGGGAUAAGACAGCUGGCACGGAAGUCCCCAGGCAGAAGUCGCCCGUGACCCCAUUGGUUGAAUUGGCCGGUGGGAACUGAGAUAGGAGGUCUCACAGAGUGGAAUCUGCAGCUGGGUGCUGAGUUUGGAUCUCAGCCCGUCAGGAAUCCUGGCUGCAGGUGGGUUGGGCUUGACUCCAGCAUGUGUGGGCUUUCUCUCCCUGGGAAACGUGGCUGUCUGCCGAAGAAACAUGAGCCUGGUCUGUGUGCAGCAUUUCCCUGGGGAGACCACAGCCCACACCACCCCGCACCUGGCUUAUGACAGGCUCUAGUGUGCAUACCUGCCUGGAAUCCCACCUGACAUCCCUUCAACCUGGGGUAAUAAAUCAACUUUGGCUUACGCUGGUGCAUCCUUUGAUCUUACUAUUUGGCAAUGGGGAAUCUAGCGUGUUUCAGCCGGCUUGUUAAGCAGCUCCCUCCACACUCCCGCUGCCUGUGGGUGACUGGCUCCUAACUAAGCUCUGGAAGAUGGAUGGCCCCUUUCUGUCCUCCAGACAGAAGCCGGUGAGCUGAAAGGCUCAGCUCUGGACCCCCAGCAUCUGUUAUCUGGGCUCAGCAAAUGGCUAAUAAACACACCUGCAUUCCA